CAUCACGGCCUGCGCGCGAUGGGCAGCACUCACCCUUGCCCCUGGCUGCGGCUCCGACCUCGGCCCCAGCCGCGGCCCGCGCUCUGCGCUCUCCUCUUCUUCCUACUGCUGCUGGCUGCCUCCGUGCCCAGGUCUGCACCCAACGAUAUCCUGGGCCUCCGCCUCCCCCAGGAACCUGUGCUCAACGCCAACACGGUGUGCCUGACAUUGCCAGGCCUGAGCAAGCGGCAGAUGGAGGUGUGUGUGCGCCACCCUGACGUGGCUGCUUCAGCCAUCCAGGGCAUCCAGAUUGCCAUCCAUGAGUGCCAGCACCAGUUCCGGGAUCAGCGCUGGAAUUGCUCUAGUCUGGAGACUCGAAACAAGAUCCCUUAUGAGAGUCCCAUCUUCAGCAGAGGUUUCCGAGAGAGUGCAUUCGCAUACGCCAUCUCGGCAGCCGGCGUGGUGCACGCGGUAUCCAACGCCUGCGCCCUGGGCAAACUGAGGGCCUGCGGCUGCGACGCGUCCCGGCGCGGCGACGAGGAGGCCUUCCGUCGGAAGUUGCACCGCCUGCAGCUGGAAGCGCUGCAGCGCGGCAAGGGCCUGAGCCACGGAGUUCCCGAGCACCCUGCCCUGCCCCCGGCCAGCCCCGGCCUGCAGGACUCCUGGGAGUGGGGCGGCUGCAGCCCUGACGUGGGUUUUGGAGAGCGCUUCUCUAAAGACUUUCUGGACUCCCGGGAACCUCACAGAGACAUCCAUGCGCGCAUGAGGCUCCACAACAACCGAGUAGGGAGGCAGGCGGUGAUGGAGAACAUGCGGCGGAAGUGCAAGUGCCAUGGCACGUCAGGCAGCUGCCAGCUCAAGACUUGCUGGCAGGUGACGCCCGAGUUCCGCGCGGUGGGGGCGCUGCUGCGCAGCCGCUUCCACCGCGCCACGCUCAUCCGCCCGCACAACCGCAACAGCGGACAGCUGGAGCCCGGUCCCGCGGGGGCACCCUCGCCCGCCCCGGGCCUUCCGGGGCCACGGCGCCGCGCCAGCCCCGCCGACCUGGUCUACUUCGAGAAGUCGCCCGACUUCUGCGAGCGGGAACCGCGCCUGGACUCGGCCGGCACCGUGGGCCGCCUGUGCAACAAGAGCAGUGCGGGCCCUGACGGCUGCGGCAGCAUGUGCUGUGGCCGCGGCCACAACAUCCUUCGGCAGACACGCAGUGAGCGCUGUCACUGCCGCUUCCACUGGUGCUGCUUCGUGGUCUGUGAGGAGUGCCGCAUCACUGAGUGGGUCAGUGUCUGCAAGUGAGCGGACGGCUCUCCUCCCUCAGGCUGCUCCUCUGUGGCGUGCCAUCUUGGCCGAAAAUCACCUUGGUUCCUGGGAGUGGAGGCUGGACCACAAGAUUUUAUAGGAACCUCCCAGCCCUGAGGUCAUCAAGACUUCAAUCACAGGACAGUUCAGGCUUGCUUGGACCUCCCCACUCACUUCUGUGGUCUCCAGGACAGAUUUUGCCUCCCGGAUAUCUGCCCCAAGCUCAGACAGCUCCGUUGGGCUGGGGGUUGCCCCACACUUUAGGGCAGUGUCAGCCAGGCAUGCUCUGGGCUUGCCUCCUUUAUCUCCUCACCCCUUCCCCUGGAGUGGGAGGAAACCAAUGGAAGCUGGUGGGUAGGGGGAGGAGGAAUACAAAGAAGAAAUGGACAUCACUGAGCUGAAGUGUUUCUGCAGAGGCCUCAGAGGUUCUCCUCCACCAGCCCCUGCCCCUCCUCGUUCAUUUAACAAAUAUUUAUUUUGCACUCUUUGUGGCCUGGCACUCUGUGGGGAUGAGAGGUGCUGGGAAUACAGAUGUGAAUAAGAGACACAGCACCUACCCUCUUGGAGUUUACAUUCUGGCUGGGGAAGAUGGGCAAUAAAUAAGAAAAAGCACAA